AUGGGAAUCCAAAGGUCAGAGCUUAAGGCUGGAGUCGUGCCUUUCCACGGCAUAACUCCCAACUCAUCAACCAUGCCUCUCAGCCAAAUCAAGCUGCCGGUCACGUUUGGCACGCCCGACAACUUCUGCACAGAAAAGUUGACCUUUGAUGUCGCAGACUUCAAGACGGCGUACAAUGUGAUCCUAAGCCGCCCAAUGCUGGGCAAGUUCAUGACAGUGAUUCACUAUGCCUACCAAGCACUCAAGAUCCUGGGUCCCAAUGGGGCCAUUACGGUUAAAGGAGAUCAGCGCGCAGCAGUCAGAUGCGAGAAGCAAAGCCUGGAUAUAGUUGAACACUUUAGUCGAGUGGCCAUCGCUACUAAGGACGCAAAUUCUAAGGCAGCAAGGUAUUGUCGAGGCCAAAGACUCCAGGCUCGUAAGUCUGGCUAG